UGUCUUAAAAUGGACACCGUAAGGGUGCCUCCAGCUGUUGCAAAACGAAGACUCCAGGCAUGCUGGGAGUUGUAGUUUUCCAACAGCAGGAUGCACCCUGGUUGGGGAAACACUUCUCUAAAUCCCUUUUUUUUUCCUUCUGUUGAUGUCUGUGUAACUUCUUCCUGUCUGUUAAUGUUUAGCCGGCUCCUAAUAUCCACAGUAACGUGUCCUCCCUGCAGGGCCAUUGCAGUUGGUGAACCAUGAGUCUCCAGUGGACUGCGGUAGCAGCCUUCCUAUACGCUGAGGUCUUUCUGGUCUUAUUGCUGUGCAUCCCUUUUAUUUCACCCACAAGAUGGCAGAAAAUCUUCAAAUCUCGCCUGGUGAAGUUGGCAGUGGCUUAUGGGAACACUUUCUUUGUGGUCCUGAUAGUGAUCUUAUUGCUCCUGCUGUUAGAUGCGUUCCGUGAGAUCCAGAAGUAUGGAGUCGGGGAGAAUGUGGACCUAAAGAACAACCCAAUCGCUGUGGAACAUAUUCACAUGAAACUGUUCAGAGCUCAGCGUAACCUGUACAUAGCCGGCUUCUCCCUCCUCCUGUCUUUUCUGCUGAGGCGUCUGGUCACACUGAUAUCCAAACAAGCUACGCUCCUUGCAUCCAACGAGGCCUUCAAAAAGCAAGCCGAGAGCGCAAGCGAUGCUGCCAAGAAGUACAUGGAGGAGAAUGACAAGCUUAAGAAGCAACUAAAAGCCUCAGGGAUCGAGGUUGCAGAUGUUCCAGAAAGCAAUGCUGAGGAGGAGAACAAGAAGCUCAGUACAGAAGUCAAGAAACUCAAAGAAGAACUGGAGUCCACCAAGAAAUCCCUACAAAGGUCUGAGAGCGAGGUGGUCGCCAUCAAGAAGCAGAGUGAAGGCUUAACAAAGGAAUAUGACCGGCUGCUGAAUGAACACUCCAAACUGCAGGCUCUUCAGGACGGACCAAAAGAUAAAAAAGAAGAGUGAAGAUUGUGGCAAUUGCUCUCCCCAUCCAGCUGUCUCAGUAUUUCCAUGUGUUCCGGCUAAGUGGAAAUAACCUCCAUAGUCACAUCUCGCUUGUGAUGACUCUUUUUUUUUUUUUUAAGAAUUCUCCGAUAUUGCUACCAUUUGUUUUGCCUCCGACCGUGCUGACUGUCUGUGAUUUGUCUUCCGGUUCAGUUAAACCUUUCAGCAGUGUCUAUGUAGGUGCUGCCUGCACUCUAGUCUAUAUAACCACAUACGGAUAUAUAUAUAUAUAUAUAUAUACCUAUAUACGGAUAGCAAUACAAAAGUCUCACGAGCGGAGGUCUGAGAAUGGAAAGUGAAUGACAACGUUUAGCAGCAUAUCGACGCUCUCUGUCCUUCUAAAAGAAUACUCCAGGCAAAACUAAUACUUUCCUAUAGCUAGUGCAGGGCAUGACAAAGAGAUCCAAGAACAACCGAGAGGAUCUUUGUGUUAUGUAUUAGUUUAUCAGUUUUGCCUGGAGUGCGCCUUUUAUUUUUAAGAGCACUGUGUUUUUCCUGUUAUCUGACUUUUUACUUUUGAAGCUUAUCCACACAGUAAGGCCUCCUUCACAUCUACGUCAGAGGCUCCAUUUGGGGCUUUCUUGCAGGUUCUGUUCAAUGCCAAAAAAUAAAGCCGUAUGGUACGUUUGCACAGUGGGCACCAGUGGAUCCCAUGGACUUAAAUGGGGUCUGACAGGUUUCCAUUUUUUAUUUUUUUUACUGUUUGCAGCGUAUUUUCUGUCGGCUCCCAAUGGAGCUCCAACGCUGAUGUGAACUUGGCCUUACCGGGGAUCUCACCUGCAGGCACUUGUCUCUCUAGGCUACAGCUGUAGCCUAGAGAUACAACCCGAAGCAAUGGCUACUUAAAGGGGUACUCCUGUGCCCCACCCUUCUGAACAUCCGGUUCAGAAGGCUCGGUGGCGCAGUUGCGACGUCAUGGCCGCAUCUCCUUGUGAUGUCACUCCACGCAACCUCCAAUGAUGUCUAUAGGAGGGGGCGUGACGACAGUCACGCCCCCUCCCAUAGACAUCAUUGGAGGGUGCGUGGGGUGACAUCAGGAAGGGGGCGUGGUGUGACGUUGUGCCCCUGCUCCAAACCAUCUAAACCGGAUGUUCAGAAGGCUGGGGCACAGGAGUACCCCUUUAACAAUAUCUGUGUCAUCCUGUUCUUGCUCUGUCACAGGUUUGGGAAGUGUUAAAUAACAGAGGACAUUUUUUUUUCUAGUUACCUUGAAACCUGUAGGUUUAUUAUACAUCUGUUUUUCUUUACUCAUGGCACCUGCUUUUCUUACACGAUCUUCAUUAUCAGAAUACCUGUGUUGAACUGUUCUACGUAAUAAAGUGAUAUAAUUUGAUCUCCA